CCCGAUUUCUCCAUCUAUUAUAUCUCAGUCUAUAGCUCUUCAGUUCCUCUCAAUUUCUUCAAAUAUUUAAGUGCAAAGAAAGUCAUGUCUUCCUCAGUUAUUCAGUUGGAGUGUCAGUGCAACGACUACCCUUGGGGUAAAGUGGGAAGAGACUCAUUAGCUGCUCAAUAUGCUGCAUCAGCACCUGGCGGCCAUUUCAAGAUUGAUGAAAAGCCAUGGGCCGAGAUGUGGUGCGGGACUUAUCCUACCACUCCAUCCCUCGUUCUUGGUACUCGCGAGGACCUUCAGAAGCACCUCAAUGCCAAUAAGGAAAAGCUUAUAGGGAAGCCAAUCCUCAACAAGUUUGGGACUGAUCUUCCAUACCUCCCAAAGAUUCUUUCCAUUGCGAAAGCUUUACCCCUUCAGAUCCAUCCUGACAAGGACCUUGCAGCUCGUCUGCAUCAGAAAGACCCCAAGAAAUUUGGAGAUUCAAACCACAAGCCAGAAAUAGCCGUAGCGCUUGGCAAGUUUGAGGUCUUUGUAGGAUUCCUGCCCAUCGAAGAAAUUCAAAGACUUUUCACGACGAUCCGAAUCCUCAAGUCAAAAUUUACCAACGAGUCCCAAACGCAUUUCAAUGCUGAGACCGUGAAGGGAAUCGUGGGACGAAUUCUGAGUGCGUCCGAUGAAGAAAUUACAGAAGUAUAUGAAACACUAAAGAAGACACCUGCAAAGGAAUUUGGAAAACUUUCUUAUAUUCCAGAAUUGCUGCCUCGACUAGCUCAGCAAUAUGACAAAAGCGAUCCAGGUACUUUGGUAGCUCUUCUAACAAUGAACUUCCUCGUCCUUGACAAAGGAGAUGCGAUUUAUGUCCCAGCCGAUGGAAUCCACGCUUACCUUUCUGGGGACAUUGUUGAGUGCAUGGCACGAUCGGACAAUGUACUCAAUACCGGCUUUUGCCCGAGGGCAGACAGAGAUUCGAUUGAAACAUUCACAGAAGCUCUGACCUUCCGUCCCAACAACGCUCCGGACGCAAUCCUGGCCCCUAAGAGUACGGACAAAAGUUUGAAACGCCACACAAAGUUGUUAUCUCCUCCGAUGAGCGAGUUCGAUAUGUUGGUAACGACGCUGAAAGCAAAUGAAACAGAAACGAUUAAGGCUAUUCAAGGGCCUAGCAUCAUGAUUGUAACUGGUGGCAAAGGAAAGCUGAAGGCAGAGGGCAAGGAACACGAUGUGAAGGAGGGAUACGUUUUCUUUAUUGGCUAUAACACUGAGAUUGAGCUGGUAGCGGAGAGUGGUCUUGAGACCCAUAUUGCUUUCUGCGAAGCUCAUUAGACCACACAGAAUUAUCUGAUACUCUGAAAAACACCCCCGAGAUAGCAAGAACUUACAGAUGAUUCUGAUUCAGAG